AUUGAUGCUUUCAAAUAUGGAAUAUUCAAAUUUUUCUUAUGGGGUAGCAUGCACCCGGACCCCUUAGAGGGGUAAUAUCCUUCUCACCUUUUUCACCCCUGACCCGUUUUCAUGCCUGCAAGCGUCAACACAUCAGAAGAAAAUGGAUCCGAGACUCUCUGAGAGAGUCUUCACAACUUCACUCACCAACAAUUACAUUUGCUGACGUUGCAAGACUGGUAGAGGAAAACUCCAUCACAAAAAAGAACAAAAUAAUUAAAGGGUAUUUAUUUUUCCAUUAGGAAUUUGUCCAUCAGUAUCAAGGUAGGUGAGAGCGAUCAGGCUAACUGUUAGCUACUGAACUGGGCUGCGUUUACCGAUAACGAUGGAUCGUAGCAACGAUCGAGCAGAAAACGAAACCAUCGAUAUUUCUUACGUGCGUUUCCCAAACAUUCUCGUAAGGAGUAGGCUAAUCUGUGCGCUUUCAAGAGCUACGCAUUUUUAAGAGACACUACCUACGAUGUGUUUGGGAACGGCCCGUAAAACUAAGAUUCGUCCUAAAACUAAGAUUCUACCAUCAAUUUAGGCUUACGACGGGAAACGCAGCCUGUUAACUAGAAUGACAUAUCAUUACCGUGUCCACUUAGACAUAAUGUAUGUAGAGUAUAAAGGAUAUAGACAACCCUAAAGCAUUAUAGUCUGCUUUUAAUGAAGCAUUAUGGUAUCAAUUUGUUCUGAAUGGUUGUCCAAGUGAACGUCUUGUGUGUAGCGACAAUAAUGUUAGCCGAAUGCUAACAUCAUCAGUUAACAGUUUUCCCUGGCAAUGUCUGUUGAUGUGCGUGUGUUUGCGUGUCAGUAUCAAAUGUAGUAAAGGGACAGGUUUUUGUGAGGGCUAGAUGCUACUCAUCUCAGAGGAAAAACGAGGAUCCUCACAAACUACAGGUUUGACCACUGAGUGCACAUGUUCCCUGUUCUUAUUGUGGCAACCUGAGCUUCUUACUGCCGUUGCAGUACUCUUCACUUGCUGCAGUUGCAGCUCUUUCUGCUGAGUUUCUGCACAACUACAGGUAUAGAAACGUCCUCACACACACACUGUUUGUUUGUGUAGCCUUGCUGGCCUCAGGAGUGCUGUGUUUUUUAUUAAUGUGUUUAAAGAGUGACAGAAGGUGAUUUCCAGCAUAAGUCUGGAAAUCUACCUGAAUUAUGUGCAGGAGCUUUGACUCAGGUCUUUCUCUUCAUCUUAUUCUAUAAGUUAUAAAUCUCUACUGCUAUUUCAACUUUCCAUAAACUGUUACUUCUGUUUACCGCUGACAGUGAUGUAGUAAUGAACAGUGAUGUACACCAUUCUUAUUUUAUUUUUUUGGGGGGGUGUAUAGAUAUCACUUGCUGCUGACAAUGGACAUCUGAUGGCCUUUUCCUGCAGCUGCGUAGCUGGAAAAGGUUUCUGCAAUCACAUUGUGGCCCUCCUAUACCAGACAGCACAUUAUUUGCAGCUUGGCCAGAAGACUGUUCCUCCACCUCUGGCCUGCACAAGUGAUUUACAGCGAUGGCAUAGACCGAGAACACGGGGAAUCCAUCCAGAACCUGUGAGUGAUGUGGUGGUGCGAAAGCCAACAACAGUAGGCAAGAGUGGUCUUAGGUCCACAUUGUACCAGGCAUACUCAGGACCAUUUCCUGACCCUGAUUUGAUGGAUGCUGGAGCCAAGCUGCGCGAGGUGCAACCUCAGCCUCUCCUUGCCCUUGUGUUAGAUGGCUUGUCUGAGAUAGAGCUGACUCCAUCCAAAUUUGACCCUGUUCCACGUGGAUCCCCUCUAUCAUACCAUUGUCCACCUCCACAGGAAACAUCCAGUGACAUUAUCCUGCACCACUUGGCUCCUGAAUUCCCUGCUCUUCCUCUUCCUUUGGAUCAGCAUACUUUCUCUAACCUGGACUUUGUGCUCACAUUGCACCAGCAACUGCAUCUACAGUCAUUGCUAGUGUCACCACAAAUGGCCAGUGAAAUUGAGAAGGAAACCAGGCAGCAGUCCAAAUGUCCUGCGUGGGCACAGUUACGUCAACCACGGUUAACUGCCAGUCGCUUUCGAGAGGCCUGCUCUUCCUGGGAGGGAAAUGCAGAUCCAGAAGCUGCAGCAAAGGCCCUUGCUGGCCAAAUGAUAAGAGGCUCCAAAAAGCAAACUGCUGCAAUGAUACGAGGUCUGCAAAUGGAGUUAGAAGUCCUGACUAAUUAUGCUGAAUUAAUGCGAGUUAAUGUGCUGUCUGUUGGAUUUGUCAUUCCCCCAGAAGCACCACAUCUUGGGGCUAGUCCAGACGGUAGGGUCUAUGACCCUUCCGAGUCACCGCCGUUUGGACUUGUAGAAGUGAAGAGCACCACAAAACAUGAUGCUUUGCAGGUCGUGCACCUUAAGAGGGAAAAUGGCUCUGUCAGCCAGAGGCAGUCACACCGGUACUACUGGCAGGUUCAGGGGCAAUUAGCAGUAACCUGCCUUGAGUGGUGUGACUUUGUCACAGACACUCAGGCAAAUGUAUAUGUUGAAAGAAUCUGGAGAGAUGAUUCAUUCAUACUCAAAAUGAAGGACAAAUUAGACCUUUUCUACUACAACACAUACAUGGAUGUGUUCUUGGAAUCGCACUGAACUGUCUGGACUCUCAUUAGAUGUCUACAGGUUUCAUGUUAAUGAACUAAUCAAUCAGUUAGACCUUUUGUACACUACACAUACAUGGAUGUGUACAUAAUCACACUGGCCUCUCACUAUAUGUAUUUUAAUCAUUUAUUAAUCAGUUACAAUUACUCAUUAAACAUUUUACAUGUUCAUGAAUUAACCUGUAUAGUUAAUUUAUUAAUCAGUUACAUUUACAUUUAGUCAUUUAACAGAUGCUUUUAUCCAGUUAAUUAAGUAAUUAUCACAUUGCCUCCUACUUGCCUUACUUCCUGGUACUGUACAAGCUCUUCUCCUGUCUGGCUUCCCAAUGGUGGAAUCAAUUCACCACCUCCAUCAGGGACACUGA